AUGUUUAUAUUCAACCCUCAGCCCAAAAAAUUGCAUUCUUUACACACGUCAAUUGUUUUACAACAUCAUGGCUAUGCUGUUGGCAUCACCUUUUACAGUGGAUUUCCGCUGUUGUGGGCCUUUAACCAUCUGUCUGACUUUGUUGUUCACACAGGAGAGAGACGUGACUAUUGUGGAUCCUCUGGGGGUCCUCAACAACCUCAUGAUGUUGAAGAGGCAGAGAAGAGUCUCUCCAGAUCAGAACACCUCAAUAAACACCUGCAGAGAUCCACAGGGAAGAAAUCUCAUUCCUGCUCUGACUGUGGGAAGAGAUUCACCUGCUCAUCAGGCAUUAAAAUUCAUCAGAGAAUCCACACAGGAGAGAAAUGUUUUAGCUGUACUCAAAGUGGGAUGAAUUUUACUCGGUCAACCAGCCUGAUAUCACACCAGAGAACACACACAGGAAAGAAAUUGUAUAUCUGUGCUCAAUGUGGGAAGCGUUUUAGUCAAUCUAGUGUUCUGACAGUGCACCAGAGAAUACACACAGGAGAGAAACCCUUUAGCUGUGAUCAAUGUGGGAAGAGUUUUAUUACAAAUAACAUUCUGACUGUACACCAUAGAACACACACAGGAGAGAAGCCUUAUAGCUGUGCUCAAUGUGGGAAGGGUUUUGGUCAAUCUUUUGCUCUGACAGUGCACCAGAGAAUACACACAGGAGAGAAACCCUAUAGCUGUGAUCAAUGUGGGAAGAGUUUUAUUACAUAUAACAUUCUGACGCGACACCAUAGAACACACACAGGAGAGAAGCCUUAUAGCUGUGCUCAAUGUGGGAAGGGUUUUGGUCAAUCUUUUGCUCUGACAGUGCACCAGAGAAUACACACAGGAGAGAAACCCUAUAGCUGUACUCAAUGUGGGAUGAGUUUUACUCGGUCAUCCAGCCUGAUAUCACACCAGAGAAUACACACAGGAGAGAAAUCUUAUAUCUGUGAUCAAUGUGGGAAGAGUUUUGGUAGAUCUGGGCAGCUGAAUGUACACCAGAGAAUACACACAGGAGAGAAAUAUUUUAGCUGUGAUCAAUGUGGGAAGAGUUUUGGUCAUUCUAGCGUUCUGACAGAGCACCAGAGAACCCACACAGGAGAGAAACCUUAUGUCUGUGAUCAAUGUGGGAAGAGUUUUGGUAGAUCUGGGCAGCUGACUGUACACCAGAGAACACACACAGGAGAGAAAUCUUAUAGCUGUGAUGAAUGUGGUAAGAGUUUUUGUGGAUCUGGACAGCUGACUGUACACAAGAGAUCACACACAGGAGAGAAACCUUAUAGCUGUGGUCAAUGUGGGAAGAGUUUUAUUACAUCUAGCAUUCUGACUCAACACCAGAGAACACACACAGGAGAGAAGCCUUUUAUCUGUGAUCAAUGUGGGAAGAGUUUUGGUAGAUCUGGGCAUCUGACUGUACACCAGAGAACACACACAGGAGAGAAACCUUAUAGCUGUGAUCAAUGUGGGAAGAGUUUUUGUCGAUCUGGACAGCUGAUUGUACACAAGAGAUCACACACAGGAGAGAAAUCUCAUAGCUGUGCCAGGAGAUAAUCUGAUAAAAGAGCUCUGAUUUCAAUAUCAGAAAUACAUACAUGAAGAAGUUGUUUCAUGAUAUUAAUGUAGAAUGUUUUAACAUUGUAGUCGGAGUAUUUUGAUAAUGUCACAAUGUUGAACCCUAGACAUUUGUCCCCUGUUCUAUUGAUUUCAACAUGAUUUGGAUAUUAGCCUCGGGGAAAAUCCCGGCUCUGAAAUGGAAGAGUACUAUUUAUAUGAUUUAACAAAAAGUGACUAACAAAAAAAGCUACUUCAAAAUGUGGCUAGCUGUUUUCUACAAAUUGUCCUCUAACCAGUGAUGUACACAUUAUUCCCAGAUUCCGUGUGGUUUUUGAGAUGUUAGUUUUAACAGGACGUGCAACCUCAUCUCCCUCUCGGCACAAUUGAUUUCAACAUGAUAUCGAUGAGUGAUGACAAAUAAGUGUUGCAUUCCUUUGUUUAGCGACCCCUAAAUUUAAAUGCAUCACUCCAAAAUGUAGCUGACUGUCUUCUGCAGGUUGUCCUCUAACCAGGGAGGUAAAAGAUAUCUCCCAUUUCCAUGUGUUUUUUUUUUUAGUUGUCUUUGUUUCAACAGCCAGUACAACCUGAUUUCCCCCUAAUCGAUAUCAGUGAUUUAUUGCUACUUGUCAAAACAACAGUGUUUUUGGUGCUUGUGCAGUUUAUUAGCUGCUUGUUUAAACAAAUACAAGUAAUAUGAUUAUUGUGGCAGGUGUUUGUGUAUAUAGCACAUGUUAUGUUUAGGUUUUCAAUUUAUCCCAAUCUGUUUCUUGGUUAUUGAUUUGGACACGUUAAAACUGUGUUUUGACAUUGGGGAUAUCCCACCUAGCAAAAUGUAAUUGAAAAGACGUUGAAAAUAAGACUAUGCAACCAAUAUUUUAUAUUUACAAUUUGUGUAACAUUUUGUAAUCAUAAUUAUUUAUGUAACCAAAUGACAAUAUUUUGGGCUACAAUUAUAUUGACAUUGUUUCCCUGCUUUUCGAAUAUCAGGGUUCAUUCUCAGAUGUGCCAACCCAGAGCAUGAGCAUGUACUAGAGCAUGACAUUGGGGACUGGGCCCCGAUCCAACAACAUGCCUAUCUAGUGAACCCUGAAAAGAGAGAGAAGCUCCGCCGUGAGAUGAAAAGUGACUAUGGAUAUUGCAGGAGUUUCCUUUUGAAAUCAGACAUGUUGGUUGUUGACAACUUGGUUGUUGAUUGUCUCAAGGGUGGGCAGUCAAAAACUGUUGUGUUUUGCGCUUAGCCAGUGAGUUGCCAUGGAUCACAAUUUAUUUUGACUGCACGUUUUUCCGUAUUGGAAAUCAUUUUUGUUUGGGCUCGUUCCAAGGGGACGAGAGUUCCAGAAGCUAGUAAGUUUUAGGAAGACGAGAGUUCUAGAAGCUAAUUGUUGACAGCCAGUAGACACCAUGUUUAUAUUGGUGAAGGUGAAGCAUUGUGGUUGAUUAUAAUGUGUAAUUGAAGUUGUUUUAUGUUGGUGGUAAGCAUUCUCUUAAGGGGGAAGGUGUCAGUCUUUAGUUUUUCCAUUUAUGUUUUGAGGUUGGACUUUCGCCCGUAGAGAUCAUUCGCACGUAGGGUGCACCGAUUGGGGUCACCUCGUUAGUCAGUAUUUGUUACACCUGUGCUGGCUUAUCCAUCUCAUUAGUGGGAAGGUGUUUCACCUGAGCUGGUCCAGGUUCUAUUUAAGAGUGUCUGGCCCAGUGCUCCAGUUGUCUUGAUAGAUGUGGAGAGCAAACACCUUUUAGUUGCUCCACCUUUUUGGUUUGCGUCCCUUUUUUACUUUUGUUGUGGGUUUUCUUUUGUUUGCCUCUUCUUGGGCAGAUUUAGUGGGUCUCAUGGUUGGUGUCUUGUAUGUCCCAGUUGUUGUUACUAGUCACCUUCAGUGGACACAGAGAAAAACUGCAACAUUAUGUUAUAAUACUUUUAUUGGAUCAAAUGGUGGUUUAUGCAACAGAAUAGAGGGUUCUUAUAACUAUUUUGUCUGUGUUCUACUGAGGAUGGGCCUCUGGGAGAAAACACUGACAGGAGAUUUACAAUGUCUUUUGGGUGAUAAAACCUAAAGAGACCGCAUUCCAGAGCAUGAGUUAAUGUUUCUGUUCUAUAUGGUACCAGGGAGAGAUGACCCCAGGGCCAGACCCUGGUCUCUACACAAAGAGUACUGUUUUUACAUCAGAUACAGAUAAUUCAGAUACUGAAUUAUAACUAUCUUUCAUACAAAUCUUGACCUUGUGACCCGUUCUAUACAUCUGUUGUUUGUGAUGUAGGUUGAAAGGGGUGCAUCUUGGCUAUUAAAGACAUUUGUACUUUUGUAUCGGGGCUCUCAACAAAUCAUCUGGGGGUGAUUUGUCGACCAGCCAUCAUUAUCGUAGAGACUCAAUUGAUUCACUUUAUAUGUGUACGUUGUCUUGACCUGCUCCCUUAUUAUAAGGCGAAUAAAGAUGUAGUUCAA